CCAAUUAGGAUGUAGCCUUCCGGGACGCAUUACUAGGGCGACCGCCGGACGCCUCCGCGCUACGGGAUGAAUUAGCGGCGGGUUCCGUCCGGAGGUUGUGACCCCAACGAAGUCCCAGCUUGCCCACGCUCCCCUUCGGCGUCGCGCGGCGUGCCCUGCUUGUCACAGGCCGAAAAACAGAGUGAGUAUUCUCUUCUGGGAAGCUGGCAACAAAUGGAUGAUGUGAUCUGUGCAUUCCAGGGGAAAGUAAAUUGUGAUGCUUUUGAACCCAUGGUCAGUUAACAAAGCAGUUUCUAGCUAUUGAACAUACUGUAAAAAGCAGGACUCUAAAUGCUUUGGAAUCAUGGUGUCAUGGAAAGGGAUUUACUUUAUACUGACUCUGUUUUGGGGAAGCUUUUUUGGAAGCAUUUUCAUGCUGGGUCCCUUUUUACCUUUGAUGUUUGUAAACCCAUCUUGGUAUCGCUGGAUCAACAACCGCCUUGUGGCAACCUGGCUCACCCUACCUGUGGCACUAUUGGAGACCAUGUUUGGUGUAAAAGUGAUCAUAACUGGGGAUGCAUUUGUUCCUGGAGAAAGAAGUGUCAUUAUCAUGAACCAUCGGACGAGAAUGGACUGGAUGUUCCUGUGGAAUUGUCUGAUGAGAUAUAGCUACCUCAGAUGGGAGAAAAUUUGCCUCAAAGCCAGUCUCAAAAGUGUUCCUGGAUUCGGUUGGGCCAUGCAGGCUGCUGCCUAUAUCUUCAUUCAUAGGAAAUGGAAGGAUGACAAGAGCCAUUUUGAAGACAUGAUUGAUUACUUUUGUGAUAUCCACGAACCACUUCAACUCCUCAUAUUCCCAGAAGGAACUGAUCUCACAGAAAAUAGCAAGGCUCGAAGUAAUGAGUUUGCUGAAAAGAAUGGACUUCAGAAAUACGAAUAUGUUUUACAUCCAAGAACUACAGGCUUUACUUUUGUGGUAGACCGUCUAAGAGAAGUAACUGGUUGGUAAGAAGGCAAGACUAGCAUCCAGUGUGGUAAGUACAUUUCCACAGGUCAUGUGAGUCAGGAAUAGAACCUCCUUCUUCUGCUUCCUCAUUUCUGGCUCAUAUCACGCUUCUUUCAAGCUGUGUCUGUCUAUUCAGGGGCAUAUAUGAGCAGAAAGUGAUUCCAUUGAUGAUAUCGCACCCAUUUAAAUGCUUACAUUUUGAUGUAAACAAAAACCAAUUGUACUUUUUAAUUAUAGUUCUGCAUAUUUGCAUGUUUAUAUAUUUAUACACAUUUGUACACACAAGUAACACACAUAUGAAGAAAAGGUACUAUUUGGAAACAUAAGCCCACAGUCACAUAAGAGAAGAAUUGUGUUUGCAUGUUUCUGCUUUCACUCUGAUUUCUAGUAAGCCAUAUUGUAUAUUGGUGAUCUCUGUGACAAAUUAUCACCUUCAUCUGGUAACUGAUACAUUUUCAUAAAACUGCUGUGCAUAACAUGAAAAGUCUUGAACCAUUAUGUAAGAAGAGAUAUAAAGUUCUUCUUUCCCUAAAUAGCAUCACUGUUGUUCUUUUAGUAUUUAAUGUACUUUAAGAUAAAAAGUUUAACUUGCCAAGACAACACAUAUUUAUAACCAAGUACCCCUGAUUUAAAGAAAGGUUCACAGUCAAUUCAAAAUCAUAUGAUAUGGUAAACCAAAAAUGUUAUCUAUAUUAGUUUGGCUUCUUUUUUAUAUUCUAUGAUUACAAUUAAUAUAACAUGAACUUGUGAGCUUGAUAUUCAUAUGUAUAUGAGUGCCUGUCUACCCAUAGAAGUUCAUGGAGAAUAUAGUUCUUCAUGCCUGUGGAGUGGAGUGGAGAGGCAUGAAGACAUUAAAGUAGUGAUGCUUUUUUUUUUUUUUUAAUUUGAUACCAUUUACUGUGGCAUGUAACUUAGACUCACCCUUCUCAUUCAACAAUGUUUUUCUAUUUUAAAGUAUUUAAUGAAUUCUUUAAAGGUAUUUAUAACAUCAUAGAACAAUCUCUAGAGCUCUCUUUUGAAACCUGGAAAAUAUUUUAGUAGCAAACUGAGUUAUAACUUGGUGAAUGGGUGUUACUUAGUCAUCACUUCAAGCACUAGUCAAUAGCCACAAUAUGUAAUUUUUCAUGCCAGCUGGUCUGGGCAGUUGGUCUCCCAACAUCCCUUCUGUAUCAGUAAAAGAAAUACAGAUGAUUCCAUUUGCUUCAGUUAGAAAACUACAGUUAGAUGAUUUUGUUAGAAUCAUAGAAAGGGACUUGUAUACUAUAAUAAUAAAAAUUAAAAAUAUGAUGAGGAUAAUUACAAUAGUAUAGCAGCUAACAUUAACUGAGCAUUUACUAGGUACCUGGCAUUAUGCUGUGUGUUUUAUAUGCCUGUGAUCAAUUAAUCUUCAUAACAGCUGUAUGUGGUAGUUUUAAAUAUUUAUCUCAUAGUGCAAAACUGAAGCAGAAGUUGAGAUAAAGAACCUCAUCAAAAUUAUUGGAAUACAGUUCGUCUAACUGAAUAGCUCAUGUUCUUUCUACUGUAACUACUUGCUGCUUAUAUUUAUAGUAUGAAUUUAGUUAAAAAAAAAAACUCCAGAUUAUUAAGCACCUUCGUAACACUAGUGAGCUGGAAUAUUUUCUUUAAGAGUUUAAUGAAAAAAGAAUUUAAAAAGAGGCUAAAUGUCCAGAACACAGAGAGAUGGUAGUCACAAGGCAGGUGGUUGUGAUGCUGCCUGAGAAGAUGGAGGAGCAGAGCAGGCAGAAGCUAAGGAGACAUCAGUUGGGGAGUUGAGGGCCACUUUUGUUUCUGGGGAGUUCAAGUGAAUUGAGGGAGAAAAAGUUUAAUUGGUGAUUGGAGAUGAGGAGGAUCUUAGAGGUCAUCUAGUCCAGACUUCCCUUUUAGAACAGGAAUCCAAGACUCAGAAGGGGGCCCAGCCUGGCUUUCUGAUCUUUAAGCUCAUGUAUUAUGACUUGAGAUCAUCAUAUAGUUUUGAGUUUUAGGUGUGAAAUACUUGUUUUUGAAUUCAAAGCAAGCAGUUUAUAUUUCAAUCCAUAUUUAGCUCAUAUGCUUAGAUUCUAAAUAUAAAGGAAUGAAGGAUGUAAUCUUUCCACUAUUACUCUAGGGGGAUACAGGGUUAACCACUAAAUAAAAAUUAAAUUCCCACUAUGUAAUUUGGAUCAGCACACCUGAACAAAAUUCUUCAGUUUGUAUUCAGGGGGAGAGAAUUGCUGACUUAACACACAGAUUACAUAUAUAGUGUCUAAUAGCCCUGCUUGUGGACUCUCAUGUUUGUCUGCAACAGUUCUGAUUUACUCUGAGAAAGUUGAUAGCUACCUAGGAAAUAAAAACAGUAUACCAAUCAUAGACAGCUCAGUCUUCAACAGCAUUGUUAGACUAUUUUAAUUUCAUAGACUUUUGCUCAGUGCACAACUAGCUAACAAUCCAGUCUGUUUGUUGCCUGCAGUGGAGGACUAAAGAUGGCCCACAGAAACCUCUCUCUGUGGCUCACAUUGCAUUUAUAACAGUCAGCAAGCCUCUCCCAGAAUGGCAUUUCAGUUACCCUUUUGAACAGCCAGCAUGUUUUAGGAGGGAAGGAAGAAAGGCAGACAAAUUAUUAAAAUAUUGGGUGCAUUAUAUAUCAUGCACUCUGACCUUUUCACACAGCCUUUUAUUGCUGGAAACUAUUUAUGAAAUUGGAUAAGACCUUUCCGUUAUGUUAAAUAAGAUGUGGCUGUACAGUAGACUUUUGACAUUUGCUAGAAUAUUUUCUGAGACCAUCUCCAUUUCCCCAAUUUUGGAAAUGUUUUUAUAGAUUAGCAGUUGACUUUCUUUUGAGGCCAUUUUACAAGGAACAUUUAAAAAAAUCUAUUUACGAUGAUAAAGUGCAACAGAACCUAAAUGAGAUUUGUACACUGAUGAGUGGGUAAGCACCCAGAUCACCUGAGUGACCUGGUGACCUGCACAUCAUGAAGCAGAAAUUUUUCAAAUUUGCCUCAGGAGAAGUAUACAUGACUGCAUGUCAGAGACCUUUAAUGUCUCUUCAUGUUGAAUUUUCAAAUGCCAUGGUACCGCUUUAGACCAUAAAGGGAAUUUAUAUUGUCUUCUUUGUUCCUUUUAGUCACUGCCCACCUCGCCUCUUUUUCUUCAGCACAAAAUCUGAGCUGCUCAUUUAGGAUAGAUCUUGUUGUGUUUAGUGAAAAAAGUCAUGAUAGUCUUAAUGAAGAAGGAUAGAAGCCCUAUUUUGUACCUAAAAACAACCAUCUAACACUUGAGUUCUUACGAUGUGCCAGGUAUUGAGUUAUGCACGUUUCUUUACCUUGCCCAUGCAGUAGAAUCAACCACAGAGCUUUUUAAAAAUACAGAUAUUAAGGUCUGAGCUCAGACCUACUGAAUCAAUCUGGUGAUGGGGACCUAGACUCAUAGCUACCUCUUUCACCACUCAUACAUAUCCCAUAAUUCUCCUACCUAAGCUAGGUGGUAGUUUGCCUUGUGCUGUGCCUGUGGAGCCUGGCUCCAUUUAGCAACUUUCCCAGGGUCAUACUGCUGCAGAGCAGAGGAACUUUAAACUCAAGUCUUUUGGAUUCCAGAUUCCAGUGCUCAUGUUCUUUCUACUGUGUAAUAAGCUUACAGUUUUUCAAAUGCUAAAAAAAUUUAAAAAUAAUAAUAAAUUAUUCUUUGUAGGUUUUUUUUUUUUCUAUUUCCAAGAUUUCUCCCUGAUAUCAUUGGUUCUACUGUGAGUUCUGUUUAAAUGAAGAAAAUAUAUAUAUAUAUAUAUAUAUAUAUAUAUAUAUAUAUAAAGGAUUUUCUUUCUGUAAGCCCCUUUUAUUUUUCUGAUUCCUGCAUUUACCAGUUUCUCCUCGAUUUCUCUAAUCUAAAACACAAAACAAAACAUGGCAUUCAAACUAUCUGUCCUUUCAAAUUGUGGUUCUAUUCUCUGGCAGAGCCUGGCUUGAAAGAGGGAUAAAAAAAUGUGGUUCAAUUGUUUUCUUUCUUUUUACCAUCAACUUGCAGAAAUAGCUUGAUGACUUGAUUUUCUCAACACUGGCUCAUUUUUUAUUAAAAAAAGAUAAUAGUUUUUUAACUGUAAAAACAGAACGUACUUACUGUUAAAAAACUGGAAAAUUAAUAAAGAAGGAACUGAAGGCAUUGACCCUGUUGCUCAAGCCAGAAACCUGGGAGUCAUUCUUGGCUCACUCCCCUUUGAUUUUCACAUGCUGUGAAAUCCCAAACAAGGCCUUUGAUUCUACCCCUUAAGGAUCUCUCAAAUUAAUUCUUUUCAUUCGCAAUGCCCUACUGAUCUGGGCCUCCAUUGUAUGUUCCCUGAAUUAUCAUACAGCUGCUCAGCUGGUCUUUCUAAUUCUGGUCUUGACAUAACCAGUCCUUUCUUUACUUUGUAGCUGUAGAGUCAAGCCUUUUUCUAAAUGAGGGUGGCAGCACACUGAAGUAGGUGUCCAGGCAUUGGAGUCAAAGGACCUGGAUUGGAAUCCUGGGCUUCACCAGGAUUAGCAGUGUAACAGGUCAGAUUACUUUCCCUCAGCAAGCCUGAGGGAAAUAAUAACAGUUGUUACUUUAUAUGACUUCAUAAGACUCUUGUUAGGAUUCAGUGAAGUCACGUACAUAAAGCAGUUAGUACAGUGCCUGGAAAAUGGCAAGCAUUCAAUAAAUGUUGCAGUGCAAAUCUGACUGUGUGAGCUUCCAGCAGAAACCUUCACUGGGUUUCAUGGUAUUCCAAGGUUAAAUCUACUCUAACAUGAUUUACUCAGGCCUUUUAUGACCUACCUCUCUGGCUGUAUCUCCUAUCUCCCUAGUUGUACCAUUCGUUCUAGCCUUACAGAACCACACUUCUUUCCCAGAGUGCACAGUAUGCUGAGCCUUCUCCAUGAUUUCCUCAACCUGUAUAUGUCACCUUAGAUAACAGUUUCUCCAGGAAGCCUUCCUGAUUAUCUUUGGCUUGGUUGGCUACCUUGCUUUAUGUUCCCUAUGUGAAUGCUUUUCCUACUAGCUAUAUGUAAAUUUUUCUUACUGUAGUAUCACUUGUUUAGUUGUUUAUCUCCAUGACUUUUUAUCUCUAGCCUUCAGCACAGGUCCUGGCAUAUAAUAGAUACUCUUCAUAUUUUUUGAGCCAAUCAACUAAUUGGUCAAUGUAAUUUUAUACUGUGUAUUCCAGUAAAGGUUUAAAAUGGCUAACAUAAAUAUGUAUCAUAUAAUAAUAGCGGUACCCCAGCCUGGUCAAAAUGGUGAAACCCCAUCUCUACUAAAAAUACAAAAAUUAGCCAGGCAUUAUGGCACAUACCUCUUAAUCCCAGAUAUUUGGGAGGCUGUGGCAUGAGAAUCACUUGAACCUGGGAGGUGGAGGUUGUAGUGAACUGAAUGAGAUUGCACCACUAUACUCCAGGCUGGGUGACAGAACCAAGACUCUGUCUCAAAAAAAAAAAAAAUAGUAAUAAUAAUAAUAAUAGAAGCACCAAAAGUAAGAGAAGAAAUCAAGGUAAAGGGAAAAUAGGGGUAAAUU